AUGCAAGCAGGCCUCUUUGAAGGGGACGGAGCAGAUGCUCUGCCCUACAGCUCUGUGCAAAGUUCUGAUGAGCUGUUCUGUACAAAUAGUGAUGUCUGUGAGAAGGUGGGUUUUCCACAAGGUUUGUGGGUUGCCCUGUGUGACUUCGUUCUUCCUCUUCCACAGGUGAACAGCUUGAAAGUGGGCGAUGUGAGUUCUGUGUUGCAGCUCCAAGACUGCAAAGUCUUCCUGAAGAUCAUCGAUGCAAUCUGUGGCAGAGAAGAGGGGCCGGCUGUUCUGCAGCGGAGUCUGCCUGAGCGGGUUGCCUACAUCACCAACUACCUGAAGGAGCAUUACAAGCACAAAGCCACCAUCCCCAGCCUGUUCUCGGAGGAGAAGUUUUUACAAGGCGAUGAGCUGGAAGUGGCCAAGGUGGUCGUCCUGCUGGCCCACCAGACUUACAUUUGUACAACGCUUUCUCCGGAAUGGAAAGAAGUGGAGUCCAAAAUGGAGAAAGAGUUCUUCCGUUGCGUGGAGUUCAUGGCGUCCCACGAAGAAGUCUUCCAUGAGAAACUGGAGUGCUUUCUUCAAAAUAAACUGCAAGACCAGCAGCGGCGCUUCAGCGCAGAGUUGGAGGCGAUCAGUGCAGGCCAGCAGAGCAUGCAGGCGGAGAUCGAGGGGAUUAAGAUUAAACUCCAGGGAAUCCAGGAGAUACUGGAGAUUGCACUCCAGGGAAUCAAGGCAGCACUUCAGGAUUCGAAUGCCACAAUUCAGGGGCGAGGCUUGGAAACCAUAACAGCUCUCUUCAAGACCAGCUUCAAGAUUGAUUUCCCCUUCGGCCUGCCAGAGACCCUCUUCUUCAUGUUCUUGGGCAUCGUCUGUGGGGGGGUGAGUUGUGCCUACCUCUUCUGCCAGCGCUGGUUCCUUGGCUACGUCCGAAGGAAUGUGUUCACGGCCAAGCUUCUUGCUUCUGAGAAGCCCCUCUACUCGGCGCUGGUGGCCUUCCUGCUCUCCUCCCUCACCUUCCCCCGGAGCCUGGGGCAGUUCAUGGCUUCCAGGCUAAGCAUGAAGGAGCUUCUCUCCUCUCUCCUGGACAACCGCACCUGGGGCAUCCUUUCCCAGAAUGCAUCACUGGACAGGCCUCUUCACGUUGACCCCCACGAUCUCUGGCUUGAGUGGUGGGACCCAAAUAUCACCUUCUUUGGGUGCCUGGUGGUUUUCCUGGUGAUGAAGUUCUGGAUGCUGAUCUUGGCUACCACCAUGCCCAUGCCUGCUGGCUAUUUCAUGCCCGUCUUCAUCUACGGUGCUGCCCUUGGCCGCUUGGUGGGAGAGGCCGUGGCCUUCCUUUUCCCCAGGGGCAUAGCCUCGGAGGGGACUGGCCUCAUCAGUCCUGGAGGGUACGCCCUAGCAGGGGCAGCGGCUUUCUCUGGCGCAGUCACCCACACGCUCUCCACAGCAUUGCUGGUCUUUGAGAUGACGGGGCAGAUUGCCCACAUCCUGCCCGUCACCCUGGCCGUGCUCAUUGCCAACGCCAUCGCCCAGAAGUGCCAGCCCUCCUUCUACGAUGGCACCGUGAUAGUCAAGAAGCUGCCCUACUUACCCCGCAUCCGGAGCAGACAUGUGGGGUGA